UAUUAAGAUGUUCCCAUUAGUAUUGCUAAUAUCUGCUGUAAAAAAUAAAGUAACAUCUUAGUGUAGCGUUACAGACUCUCCGAAACCUAACCCUUUUGCAGAUAUUUUGUACUGUGACCAGGGCAAAAUAUCUUCAUCAUUACAUUACCCUGAGCUGUUUUCUCUUGCAGACAGUAAUCCUGAAAUUGCUAAACCAUGUCUAAAUGCAAUGUUCAUGACUCUAAAGCUGUUAUAAUCAAGUGUUUAUUUAGAUGAAGUCAAAUAAUGUUCUUUAUUCAUAUUUCUCUGCUAGUUUUGACAUAGUUUUCUUCUUUUUAGAAGUAACCUUGAGUUAGACUUCUGCUAGUAACAUUAUAUAUUGUUUUGAAACACACUCUGAAAAAUGUUAACCACAAAGUUUGAACAAAUAAUCAAUUUUCUUCAACUGGCAGGCUUUCAUAAAUGUACCAAUUUGCAACCUCCAACUGCAUUUACAAAACCCACUGCCUUUCAUUCCAGGAAAUCUGUAAACCAAUUAAUGUAUUUGGAAAUAUUACAUUAACAUUUACAUUAAAGCAGCAUUUGAUUAAAUUAUAACAAGUCACUUUCUAUGAGUAGCUUAGACUUAGUCUUUUUUAUAAAAAUGACGUAUGCAAGUCGCAACCAAACAUCUAAAAACAAAAGGUUAAGUGUCAAAUGAGUGUGUAAAUGCCAAAUUUUACUUUAUUCUUAGUGUACACUGUAUAUAUUGUCAUUAUUACCUGUAAGUGAUAUGAAAAAACUAAUGAAUAUUUUUCAACCUGCUUAAUGGGACAGUUAUAUACAAAACACACAAGCUACUGAUUUGUAUCAUAACCUUAGGAAACUUAAUGCAGCAUAUCUAGUAAGAAGAAGGAACAUUUUCUUUCCUCAAACCUAUAGCAACAUCCAACCAGUUUCAAAUAGACUUGUCUAUAACUGUUAUUUCAAUACUUGGUUUACUUUCUCUUUACCUAUUACAGGUAAUUAAACUCAGACCAUGUAAAUGAGCUCUACGCAGAAGCAGCAAUACAUUGGAUAAGUAUAUCUAUACAGAAAACAUUAGGUUGUAGACCCAUUCAUGGUUUCUUUUCUCACCUUCCUCUUUAAGUAGAUCGAACAGCCUAUCCUCUCUCACAAAAUCACCAGCCUUUAAUUGAAUCCUUGCCUCUCUCCACCCCUUCCACCUUCCUUUUGUCAUCAGGUUUAUUAUCCUUCCCUGCAGCCGGUUCUCCUGCCUCUAUGGCUCAUCACAGAGGUUGCACAGUGGCCAUGAGGACACAGGGUUUCACAUGGUGUGUGCGGUCUGUAAUAAUUGUCCAAUUCAUCACAGGGUCGACUGGGUUAGUCUGUGACACUGCUGUGGAAUCACUGGACUUAAGUUGCCUCCUGCGGUGGGAUUGUCCCCAUGCCAGUCCUAAUAUCACCUACACUGUGCAGACCAAGACUCAGGGGGAUCCCUGGCAGGAUGUCCCGUGGUGUGUUUGGCUCUCCUCCCGAAGCUGUGACGUCUCCCAGGUCUUUUCAAACUUUGAGCUGUACAACAUGAUUCGCCUUGGAGUCCACCUCAGCCCCAGCUCCACUGUGUGGAUCAAGCCACACAAGUUUGACUACAGUGACUUCACCUUCAGCCCUCCAUCUGUCUCAGUGUCUUUGAAGAACGACAGUAUGUCUGUGAAGGUGCAGUUUCCCUGCGCUACCAACAGGAGGUGCUCUCGUGAUGUGUGCUGUCCCAUCUCAAAACUGAUAGAUCCCUGGACCACAGUAACUUUGUACAAUGAGCUCAAUCGCUCUGACAACCAGAGCCGCACAGUUUGGACCCAGGAAGUGGUUUCCAGCGUGGAGUUCUCAGGUUUGUCUCCAGGUCAGAACUACUGUGCCGUGGCCAACUUCUCCUUCCCAACCUUCUCCAUGGCUGCUUCCCCAAAAUCUGCUCCAGGGUGUGUUGAAACUGGCUCCAGAUCAGGGAUGUUGCCAAUGCAUUGUGUUGGAAUUGGCCUGUCCUUGCUGUUCCUUUUGUUAUUUCUCACUGUGUUCCUGCGAAAACCCAGACGGGACAGACCGACCCCUGACAAUCCAGCGAAGGCUCUGGCAACUGUUCAGGACGCAGAUUCUUUGGCUCCUCCCAUCUCUGUCCCUGUCGACCCUUGUGACAUCCACUUGGAACUCAUGGACGACCACAGCUCCAUCGACUCUUUUCAUGGUUUUUACAAGGACCUGACCUCAACUGUAGAAAACAAGAACUCCACCCAGCCUUUGCAUUUUGAUCCCAGCAGAGGUGUGGUAUAUUGUUGCAAUGGGGAACUGAUGCAAACAAGAGAUUUGGACUCUGGCAUCAGCAAUCCUGCAUUGUCACACUUCUAUGUGGAGACGUGUAUGUCAAACGAAAACUGAAACACCGAGAGCCAUGAUGUACAGAAUACUUUUAAAAAAGGUUUUGCAUGCAUUGUGUUUCAUUACUGGAAUAGCAACACCACAUGAUCUCCUUGUCUUGAAAAGCUCAUUUUAGUCUGAAGACACUCAUGACCCUACUUUGUUCUUAGUACUUGCCAGAAACAUUUACCACAGGUGCUUUGUUUGUGGAAAUUUCCCAUAAACAUUGGAGGUUUAUGCACCUCCACCUUCAGUAAAUAUAAUCAGGGCUCAGAAGCAUAAGAAGAUGCAUAUGAAGGAGGUUUCUGAGAAGGGGUGCCUUCCUGAGUAAUAUUUGUUUUUUUUGGGUUUUUUUAGAAACCUAACAACUUCCUUUGGUGAAUAAGCCUAUGUGCAAUUUGGAGGUGUGGCUGCUUCUCCACAACUCAUAACCAUUCCACCAGUAGUCUGGUGCACACCAGUCAAUGCAGUGUAUACAAUACACAAUACAGUGUGUACUAUACAUUGGCAUGGAGAUUGUGGACAGUUCAUUUCAUUUGUUUGGUGUGGUCCUCCUGGUUCCAGCCAGAGCGGAGGCUGGAAAUAAUGUGCAAUUGAAAUGAGAUAUCUAUGUGUAGUGCUAAUAAAGACUUUUUUUUUCUCAA